AAAGGAAAUUGAUGAUGUAAAAGGGCAUAAAAAUGGACUGAUGAGAAGAACCAAUACACGAGGCUUUGGUGCAAAUAUAAAUAGCAACACAACUUGCUGAUUAUGCAUGUCACAGAAUAUUAGAGAGUUAAAUAGAUAGUCCCCUUAAGCCCUUCGGCCUUACUAUCACGAUCCAGUGAGAUUCAAUUCUUUAUCGUUUUAGUACGUCUUUUUUAAAAAUAUCUCUACGAUCCAGUGAGAUUCAGUCCUUUAUCGCUCCCGUAUCUUUUAAAAAUAUCUCUGAUGGGUGAACAGAUGGGAAAUUGGAGAGUUAUAGAAGAAGAGUGGAGAAAAGGCCCUUGGACUGCUGAAGAAGACAGAUUGCUCAUUCAAUAUGUAAAUUUACAUGGUGAAGGCAGGUGGAAUUCUGUUGCUAGAUUUGCAGGAUUGAAAAGAAAUGGAAAAAGCUGUAGGUUGAGAUGGGUAAAUUACUUAAGGCCAGACCUUAAGAGAGGGCAGAUAACUCCAUAUGAAGAGAAGAUCAUUCUUGAACUUCAUGCUAUAUGGGGUAACAGAUGGUCGACAAUUGCUAGAGGCUUGCCAGGGAGAACUGAUAAUGAGAUCAAGAACUAUUGGAGGACUCAUUUCAAGAAAAAGGUGAAGAAAUCAAGUACUGAUAAAGCUGAAAAGACUAAAGCCCGUCUUUUAAAAAGACAACAAUUUCAACAGCAACAACAACAACAACAACUAAACAAUCAAAACGACAUGAAAAGACUCGUAUCCUUAUUUGAAGAAAAGGAGAAUAAUAGAGUUCCAAAUUUGUAUUCUCAAGGGAAGCAAGAAAUGGCAUUUUUGUACCAAAACACUGCUAAUCAAGAGCAAGGUGGUGGUUUUUUCUACUCCACUAAGGCCUCAUCAAAAUAUGAAGACAUCAUAUGGGAUUAUGGCUUAUGGAAUUUGGAUGAUUUUAAUGCCAAUUUAAAAAUUGGAGUUUAUUACAAUAGUUUACCUUGUAUGCAAACUCUGGCUACUCCUUUCUAUUGAACUCGGAAUAAAUUCCUCUUUCUAAGCCU